AUGGCCGGCAACAUGCGUGGCAGCUACAUGAGUGCGACAGCGGAUGGAGGGAUUUGGGCGCUGCAGGAGCAUAUGGCGAGGGUUAGGGAUUUAAGAGCGAUUUGGGGAUUUCUGUCCACUAGAGACCAAGUCAACUCGGCCUACGAACGCUCACGUGGCCAGCCUAAUAUGCUCUGUACAGCGAAUUCAGCUCCCUCCUCCGGUCCAAGCGACCGCCGCCUCUUCCUCCAGCCGGCCGUGUCGGCCGCGCCCCAUCACCACGCCGGCCGCACCCAGCCUCGCCGACCACGUCUUGUCGCCCGCCGGCCAUGCCUCGUCACUCGCCGGCACUGUCCUGCUCUGUUACCAGCCGCGCCGGCCGAGUCAUGCCCCUUUGCCAACCUUGCCGGGAGGAUUCCGGCAGCUAGAUUGAGGUCAUGCGAGGCCACGACGAGGUCGAACUCGUCCAAUUCAAACCGGCGGCGCACCGUCCAUCGGCCUUUCCGGCGUGCGGUGAUGAAUUCCGACGAGUUUAGGACGAAUUCCGGCAAACUCCACGGCGGCGUGCUUGCUCCGGCGAGAUUUGACUGGCACAAGGAGAAUCUGCCAGAGGGGCCAAAGCACCACCAUCCUGCUCAACCUGCUGCUGUAUCAUCCGCUGCUUCCAGGGGGAGGAGCCGAGCUGGCUGUGCUUCCAAGGAGAGGGGCACCCCAGAAGGUGUCAACAUGGCGGAACAUGGAUUUAGGUUUCGAUUCACUUUCCCUCAACCCGAUUAUGGUGAGUACGGCGCCGAUUUCGGUGAGGAAGAGGAGUAUGUACCAAGGCAGAGGAAACCUCCGCAGGUAAGGAAUGCACUCCGUGAGAAGAGAGUCGCGUUUAGGCAAAAGACUGGGCGGCACCAUGCAGAGGUAGCCCUGCGUAAGUACAACAGAGCAAACAACACCAAGUUUGAGCUGGUGGAGGUACCAGUGAUCCGUGAGUUUUGGGAGUUUGGAGGGGGCUGCAUCCAUUACAACUUCACAGCUAAGCCAGCAGAGGAUCAUCAUCAUCAUUCUGCCGAUGCCGACAGCACCAAGCUCUUCUUCUCUGAGGUCAACUCCGCUUUCCAUGGCGAGACUGAUGUGGUCCUGUGCUGUAUCGUUGGAGAACAUGAUAAUGGGCAUUGCUACGGCUGCGAAGGCUUCAAGCCGACCGUUGUUCACCCCAGCAGCCAAGCAUAUGGUGGUGGUAGUAGUACUUGCAUUGAUUUUGCUGGUUCAGACGGAAGCUCGGAGAGUGAUUAA